AUGAAACGGCAUCAAUUCAAAUCCUGUAUUUUGGAAUUGAGAGAGAUAUUGAGAGAGAUCAAGAAUUCUCGCUAUUUCUUAGAUUCAUGGACCAAAUUCGAUUCAGUGGUGUCUUUCACUCACAUUUUUUUCCACCAAGAACGUUUUGUGAAACUCCUUGGCCCCCAAACUUGGAGUGUCCUGCUUUCACGUGAUUCACAGGGUUCAACAAGCAAUCGAUAUUUCACUUUCACGAUCAAAGGUGUAGUACUGCUUGUAGUAGCGGUCCUUAUAUAUCGUAUUAACAAUCGAAAUAUGGUCGAAAGAAAAAAUCUCUAUUUGAUGGGGCUUCUUCCUAUACCUAUGAAUUCCAUUGGACCCAGAAAUGAUACAUUGGAAGAAUCUUUUUGGUCUCCCAAUAUCAAUAGGUUGAUUGUUUCGCUCCUGUAUCUUCCAAAAGGGAAAAAGAUCUCUGAGAGUUGUUUCAUGGAUCCGAAAGAGAGUACUUGGGUCCUCCCAAUAACUAAAAAGUGUAUCAUGCCUGAAUCUAACUGGGGUUCGCGGUGGUGGAGGAACUGGAUCGGAAAAAAGAGGGAUUCUAGUUGUAAGAUAUCUAAUGAAACAGUAGCUGGAAUUGAGAUCUCAUUCAAAGAGAAAGAUAUCAAAUAUCUGGAGUUUCUUUUUGUAUCCUAUAUGGAUGAUCCGAUCCGCAAGGACCAUGGUUGGGAAUUGUUUGAUCGUGUUUCUCCGAGGAAGAAGCGAAACAUAAUCAAUUUGAAUUCGGGACAGCUAUUCGAAAUCUUAGCGAAACACUUGAUUUGUUAUCUCAUGUCUGCUUUUCGUGAAAAAAGACCAAUUGAAGUGGAGGGUUUCCUCAAACAACAAGGAGCUGAGGCAACUAUUCCAUCAAAUGAUAUUGAGCAUGUUUCCCAUCUCUUCUCGAGAAACAAGUGGGAUAUUUCUUUGCAAAAUUGUGCUCAAUUUCAUAUGUGGCAAUUCCACCAAGAUCUCUUCGUUAGUUGGGGGAAGAAUCAGCACGAAUCGGAUUUUUUGAGGAACGUAUCGAGAGAGAAUUUGAUUUGGUUAGACAAUAUGUGGUUGGUAAACAAGGAUCGGUUUUUUAGCAAGGUACGGAAUGUAUCGUCAAAUAUUCAAUAUGAUUCCACAAGAUCUAUUUUCGUUCAAGUAACGGAUUCUAGCCAAUUGAAAGGAUCUUCUGAUCAAUCCAGAGAUCAUUUCGAUUCCAUUAGGAAUGAGGAUUCGGAAUAUCACACAUUGAUCAAUCAAACAGAGAUUCAGCAACUAAAAGAAAGAUUGAUUCUUUGGGAUCCUUCCUCUCUUCAAACGGAACGAACAGAGAUAGAAUCAGAUCGAUUCCCGAAAUACCCUUCUGGAUAUUCCUCAAUGUCCCGGCUAUUCACGGAACGUGAAAAGCAGAUGAAUAAUCAUCUGUUUCCGGAAAAAAUCGAAGAAUUUCUUGGGAAUCCUACAAGAUCAAUUCGUUCUUUUUUCUCCGACAGAUGGUCAGAACUUCAUCUGGUUUCGAAUGCUACUGAGAGGUUCACUAGAGAUCAGAAAUUGUUGAAGAAACAACAAGAUGUUUUUUCUUUUGUCCCUUCCAGGCGAUCGGAAAAGAAAGAAAUGGUUGAUAUAUUCAAGAUAAUUACGUAUUUACAAAAUACCGUCUCAAUUCAUCCUAUUUCAUCAGAUCGGGGAUGUGAUAUGGUUCCGAAGGAUGAACCGGAUAUGGACAGUUCUAAUAAGAUCUCAUUCUUGAACAAAAACCCAUUUUGUGAUUUAUUCCAUCUAUUCCAUGACCGGAACAAAGGGAGAUACACGUUGCACCACGAUUUUGAAUCAGAAGAGAGAUUUCAAGAAAUGGCAGAUCUAUUCACUCUAUCAAUAACCGAGCCUGAUCCGGUGUAUCAUAAGGGAUUUGCCUUUUCUAUUGAUUCCUACGGGUUGGAUCAAAAAAAAUUCUUGAAUGAGGUAUUCAACUCCAGGGAUGAAUCGAAAAAGAACUCUUUAUUGGUUCUACCUCAUAUUUUUGAUGAAGAGAAUGAAUCUUUUUAUCGAAGGAUCAGAAAAAAAUGGGUCCGGAUCUCCUGCAGGAAUGGUUUGGAAGAUCCAAAACCCAAAAUAGUGGUAUUUGCUAGCAACAACAUAAUGGAGGCAGUCAAUCAAUAUAGAUUGAUCCGAAAUCUGAUUCAAAUCCAAUAUAGCACCUAUGGGUACAUAAGAAAUCUAUCGAAUAGAUUCUUUUUAAUGAAUAGAUCCGAUCGCAACUUCGAAUAUGGAAUUCAAAGGGAUCAAAUAGGAAAUGAUACUCUGAAUCAUAUAACUAUAAUGAAAUAUAUGAUCAACCAACAUUUAUCGAAUGUGAAAAAGAGUCAGAAGAAAUGGUUCGAUCCUCUUAUUUCUCGAACCGAGAGAUCCAUGAAUCGGGAUCCUAAUGCAUAUAGAUACAAAUGGUCCAAUGGGAGCAAGAAUUUCCAGGAGCAUUUGGAGCAUUUCGUUUCUGAACAGAAGAACCGUUUUCAAGUGGUGUUCGAUCGAUUACGUAUUAAUCAACAUUCGAUUGAUUGGUCCAAGGUUAUCGACAAACAAGAUUUGUCUAAGUCACUUCAUUUCUUUUUGUCCAAGUCACUUCUCUUUUUGUCUAAGUCACUUACUUUUUUCUUUGUGAGUAUCGGGAAUAUCCCCAUUCAUAGGUCCGAGAUCCACAUCUAUGAAUUGAAAGGUCCGAAUGAUCAACUCUGCAAUCAGUUGUUAGAAUCAAUAGGUGUUCAAAUCGUUCAUUUGAAUAAAUUGAAACCCUUCUUAUUGGAUGAUCAUGAUACUUCCCAAAGAUCGAAAUUCUUGAUCAAUGGGGGAACAAUAUCAGCAUUUUUGUUCAAUAAGAUACCAAAGUGGAUGAUUGACUCACUCCAUACUAGGAAUAAUCGCAGGAAAUUCUUUGAUAACACCGAUUCCUAUUUCUCAAUGAUAUCCCACGAUCGGGACAAUUGGCUGAAUCCCGUGAAACCAUUUCAUAGAAGUUCAUUGAUAUCUUCUUUUUAUAAAGCAAAUCUACUUCGAUUCUUGAAUAAUCCACAUCACUUCUGCUUCUAUUCUAACAAAAGAUUCCCUUUUUAUGCGGAAAAGACCCGUAUCGAUAAUUAUGAUCUUACAUAUGGACAAUUCCUCCAUAUCUCGUUCAUCCGCAACAAGAUAUUUUCUUUGUGCGUCGGUAAAAAAAAACAUGUUUUUUUGGAGAGAGAUACUAUUUCACCAAUCGAGUCACAGGUAUCUGACAUAUUCAUACCUAACGAUUUUCCACAAAGUGGUGACGAAACGUAUAACUUGUACAAAUCUCAGCCUCUUUCAACUUAUUGUCAGCCUCUUUCAGAUAUGAAUCUAUCUGAUUCAGAAGGGAAGAACUUGCAUCAGUAUCUCAGUUUCAAUUCAAACAUGGGUUUGAUUCACACUCCAUGUUCUGAGAAAGAUUUACCAUCCGCAAAAAAACGGAAUCUUUGUCUAAAGAAAUGCGUUGAGAAACGGCAGAUGUAUAGAGCCUUUCAACGAGAUAGUGCUUUUUCAAAUCUCUCAAAAUGGAAUCUGUUCCAAACGUAUAUGCCAUGGUUCCUUACUUCGGCAGGGUGCAAAUAUAUAAAUUUCAUCCUUUUAGAUACUUUUUCAGACCCAUUGCCGAUACUAAGUAGCAGUCACAAAUUUGUAUCCUUUUUUUAUGAUAUUAUGCAUGGAUCAGAUAUAUCAUGGUCAAUUCUUCAGAUUCCAUUGUGGGCGAUUCUUCCACGAUGGAAUCUGAUAAGUGAGAUUUCGAGUAAGUGUUUACAGAAUCUUCUUCUGCCCGAAGAAAUGAUUCAUCGAAAUAAUGAGUCACCCGUUCCAUUGAAGUGGACACAUCUGAGAUCACCAAAUGCUCGGGAGUUCCUCUAUUCAAUCCUUUUCCUUCUUCUUGUUGCUGGAUAUCUCGUUCGUACGCAUCUUCUCUUUAUUUCCCGAGUCUCUAGUGAGUUACAGACAGAGUUAGAAAAGAUCAAAUCUUUGAUGAUUCCAUCAUACAUGAUUGAGUUGCGAAAACUUCUGGAUAGGUAUCCUCCACCUGAACUGAAUUCUUUCUGGUUAAAGAAUCUCUUUCUAGUUGCUCUGGAACAAUUAGGAGAUUCUCUGGAAGAAAUACGGAGUUCUGCUUCUGGUGGCAACAUGCUAUUGAGUGGUGGUCCCACUUAUGGGGUCAAAUCAAUACGUUCUAAGAAGAAAGAUUUGAAUAUCAAUCUCAUCGAUAUCAUCUAUCUCAUAAGUAUCAUACCAAAUCCCAUCAAUUCAAUCACUUUUUCGAGAAAUACGAGACAUCUAAGUCGUACAAGUAAAGAGAUCUAUUCAUUGAUAAGAAAAAACGUGAACAGUGAUUGGAUUGAUGAUCAAAUAGAAUCCUGGGUCGCGAACAGUGAUUGGAUUGAUGAUGCAGAAAGAGAAUUCUUAGUUCAGUUCUCCACCUUAACGACAGAAAAAAGGAUUGAUCAAAUUCUAUUGAGUCUGACUCAUAGUGAUCAUUUAUCAAAGAAUGACUCUGGUUAUCAAAUGAUUGAACAACCGGGAUCCAUUUACUUACGAUACUUAGUUGACAUUCAAAAAAGGUAUCUAAUGAAUUAUGAGUUCAAUAGAUCCUGUUUAGCAGAAAGACGGAUAUUCCUUGCUCAUUAUCAGACAAUUACUUAUUCACAAACCCCGUGUGGGGCUAAUAGUUCUCAUUUCCCAUCUCAUGGAAAACCCUUUUCGCUCCGCUUAGCCCUACCCCCUUCUAGGGGUAUUUUAGUGAUAGGUUUUAUAGGAACUGGACGAUCAUAUUUUGUCAAAUACCGAGUGACAAACUCCUAUGUUCCCUUCAUUACGGUAUUUCCGAACAAGUUCCUGGAUGACAAUCAAGGUUAUCUUAUUGAUGAUAUCGAUAUUGAGGAUCGUGACGAUAUCGAUAUUGAUGAUCGUGACGAUGAUGACCUUGAUACGGAGCUGCUAACUAUGCCGAAUGUGCUAACUAUGUAUAUGACGCCGAAAAUAGACCAAUUUGAGAUCACCCUUCCAUUAGAAUUAGCAAAAGCAAUGUCUCCUUGCAUAAUAUGGAUUCCAAACAUUCAUGAUCUUUAUGUGAAUGAGUCGAAUUACUUAUCCCUCGGUCUAUUAGUGAACCAUCUCCCCAGGGAUUGUGAAAGAUGUUCCACUAGAAAUAUUCUUGUUAUUGCUUCGACUCAUAUUCCCCAAAAAGUGGAUCCCGCUCUAAUAGCUCCGAAUAAAUCAAAUACAUGCAUUAAGAUACGAAGGCUUCUUAUUCCACAACAACGAAAGCACUUUUUCAUUCUUUCAUAUACUAGGGGAUUCCGCUUGGAAAAGAAAAUGUCCCAUACUAAUGGAUUCGGAUCCAUAACCAUGGGUUCCAAUGCACGAGAUCUUGUAGCACUUACCAAUGAGGUCCUAUCAAUUAGUAUUACACAAAAGAAAUCAAUUAUAGACACUAAUACAAUUAGAUCAGCUCUUCAUAGACAAACUUGGGAUUUGCGAUCCCAGGUAAGAUCCGUUCAGUAUCAUGAGAUCCUUUUCUAUCAGAUAGGAAGGGCUGUUGCACAAAAUGUACUUCUAAGUAAUUGCUCCAUAGAUCCUAUAUCUAUCUAUAUGAAGAAGAAAUCAUGUAAGGAAGGGGAUUCUUAUUUGUCCAAAUGGUACUUCGAACUUGGAACGAGCAUGAAGAAAUUAACGAUACUUCUUUAUCUUUUGAGUUGUUCUGCCGGAUCGGUCGCUCAAGAUCUUUGGGGACCCGAUGAACAAAAUUGGAUCACUUCUUAUGGAUUCGUUGAGAAUGAUUCUGAUCUAGUUCAUGGCCUAUUAGAAAGCGCUCUGGUGGGAUACUCACGGACAGAAUGCAGUCAGUUUGAUAAUGAUCGAGUGACAUUGCUUCUUCGGUCCGAACCAAGGAAUCAGUUAGAUAUGAUGCAAAAUGGAUCUUGUUCUAUCGUUGAUCAGAGAUUUCUAUAUGAAAAAUACGAAUCGGGGUUUGAAGAAGGGGAAGGAGAAGGAACCCUCGACCUGCAACAGAUAAAGGAGGAUGAGGAUUUAUUCAAUCACAUAGUUUGGGCUCCUAGACUAUGGCGCCCUCAUGGCAAUCUAUUUGAUUUUAUCGAAAGGCCCAAUAAAUUGGGAUUUCCCUAUUGGGUCAGGUCAUUUCGGGACAAGCGGAUCAUUUAUCAUAAAGAGGAUAAGCUUCAAGAGAAUGAUUCGGAGUUCUUGCGGAGUGGAACCGUGCAGUACCAGACACGAGAUAGAUCUUCCAAAGAACAAGGGUUUUUUCGAAUAAGCCAAUUCAUUUGGGACCCUGCAGAUCAAUUCUUUUUCCUAUUCAAAGAUCAGCCCUUUGUCUCUGUGUUUUCACGUCGAGAAUCUUUUGCAGAUGAAGAGAUGUCAAAGGGACUUAUUACUUCCCAAACAAAUUCUCCUACAUCUAUAUAUCAACGCUGGUUGAUCAAGAAUACGCAAGAAAAGCACUUCGAAUUGUUGAUUCAUCGCCAGAGAUGGCUUAGAACUAAUACUAAUAGUUCAUUAUCUAAUGGAUCUUUCCGUUCUAAUACUCUAUCCGAGAGUUAUCAGUAUUUAUCAAAUCUGUUCCUAUCUAAUAACGGAACGCUAUUGGAUCAAAUGACAAAGACAUUGUUGAGAAAGAGAUGGCUUUUCCCGGAUGAAAUGAAACAUUUGAUUCAUGCACCAGGAGAAAGAUUUCCCAUUCCUUAG